GACGUGGCCCGCGGCACCGGCGGCCGUGAUGCAGCAGCCGCGGCGCCGGAGCGCGAUGGGGCCGAGCGCGGCGGCCGCCUAGGCGCUGGGGCAGGCAGCGGCGUCGCCAGCGUCCCUGGCCGGCUGUGUCCGUGCCGGCGGCCGGCCCCUGGAAGGUCAAGAUGGAAGAGAUCCUGAGGAAGCUGCAGAAGGAGGCGUCCGGCAGCAAGUACAAAGCCAUCAAGGAGAGCUGCACCUGGGCCCUGGAAACCCUGGGUGGUCUGGACACCAUUGUCAAGAUUCCGCCUCACUUGCUGAGAGAGAAAUGCCUGCUGCCUCUCCAGCUGGCUUUGGAAUCCAAGAAUGUGAAGCUGGCCCAACAUGCUUUGGCAGGGAUGCAGAAGCUGCUCUCUGAAGAGAGGUUUGUAUCCAUGGAAACAGACUCUGAUGAGAAGCAGCUGCUCAAUCAGGUCCUGAAUGCUGUGAAAGUGACGCCUUCGCUCAAUGAGGACCUGCAGGUGGAAGUGAUGAAGGUUUUACUGUGCAUCACCUACACCCCAACGUUUGACCUGAAUGGGAACGCCGUGCUGAAGAUCGCUGAGUUGUGUUUAGCAUGUCAUAAAACUGGAUGUCCACAAGUGCAUGAAAUGAUCAAAAUGUCCCUUCUGACCCUCCUCGCUGCCCUGUGUCUGCGUGCAUUCCCUGGCCACCAGGGGCCUGUAGCUUUUCACAAGGUGUGCAUUGAGACUUACACAUGCAGCUGUCACCAGCGCAGUAUAAACACCGCAGUGCGGGCUACUCUCAGUCAGAUGCUCAGCGACUUGACCUUACAGUUACGGCAGAGGCAGGAGAACACGAUAAUUGAAAACCCAGAUGCUCCACAAGAAUUCGGGAGUCAAGGGUUAUCGGUAGAGGCCCUCUGUGACGACGUUGUCUCUGUCCUCGCUGUCCUGUGUGAGAAGCUCCAAGCCUCCAUAAACGACAGCCAGCAGCUGCAGCUGCUGUACCUGGAGUGCAUUCUGUCCGUGCUCAGCAGCUCCUCCUCCUCUAUGCACCUGCACAAGGGCUUCACCGACCUCAUCUGGAAGAACUUGUGUCCCGCUCUCAUUGUCAUCCUGGGGAACCCUGUUCAUGACAAAACCAUCACCUCUGCUCACAGCAGCAGCACCAGCACCAGCGUGGAAUCAGACUCGGCCUCCCCAGGCGUCUCGGACCAGGGCCGGGGCUCGGGCUGCUCCUGCACGGCACCGGCCCUCAGUGGGCCCGUGGCUCGCACCAUCUACUACCUUGCAGCUGAGCUUGUCCGCCUGGUGGGCUCAGUGGACUCCAUGAAGCCCGUGCUGCAGUCCCUCUACCACCGCGUGCUGCUCUACCCGCCCCCCCAGCACCGUGUGGAAGCCAUCAAGAUCAUGAAGGAGAUACUUGGGAGCCCACAGCGUCUCUGUGACCUAGCAGGACCCAGCUCCAUGGAGUCAGAACCCAGGAAAAGAUCAAUUUCAAAAAGGAAGUCUCACCUGGAUCUCCUCAAACUCAUCAUGGACGGCAUGACAGAGGCGUGCAUCAAGGGUGGCAUCGAGGCCUGCUACGCCGCCGUGUCCUGCAUGUGUACCUUGUUGGGGGCUCUGGACGAGCUCAGCCAGGGCAAGGGCCUGAGUGACAGACAGGUCCAGCUGCUGCUCCUGCGCCUGGAAGAGCUGAGGGACAGGGACGGGGCCGAGUCCAGCAGAGACUCCAUGGAGAUCAAUGAGGCUGACUUCCGCUGGCAGAGGCGCGUGCUGUCCUCGGAGCACACGGCCUGGGAGGCCGGCAACGAGAGGAGCCCCGACAUCAGCAUCAGCGUCACCACGGACACCGGUCAGACCACGCUGGAGGGGGAGUUGGGUCAGACAACACCUGAGGACCACACAGAGAACCACAGGAACGUGCUCAAGUCACCAGCCAUCCAGGAGGGCAAAGAGACACUGGGCAAAGUGUUGGAACCCGAGGCUGUGGACCAGCCCGACGUGGUCCAGAGGAGCCACACGGUCGCUUACCCUGACAUCACCAACUUCCUGUCGGUGGACUGCAGGAUGCGGUCCUACGGCUCUCGGUACAGUGAGAGCAACUUCAGCGUGGAUGACCAGGACCUGUCGAGGACAGAGUUUGAUUCCUGUGAUCAGUACUCAAUGGCGGCAGAAAAGGACUCGGGCAGGUCGGACGUGUCGGACAUCGGAUCGGACAACUGUUCCCUGGCUGACGAGGAGCAGACCCCUCGGGACUGCCUGGGCCACCGGUCCUUGCGAACGGCUGCUCUGUCUCUCAAGCUGCUGAGGAAUCAGGAGGCCGACCAGCACAGCACCCGGCUGUUUGUGCAGGCCUUGGAGAGCCUCCUGCCUCAGCUGCUGGCGCUCUCCAGCGUGGAGGAGGUGGACUCAGCUCUCCAGAACUUUGCCUCUACUUUCUGCUCAGGCAUGAUGCACUUGCCAGGCUUUGACGGCGGUGGCAGCCUGAGCUUCCAGAUGCUGACGAACGCGGACAGCCUGUACGCGGCUGCGCACUGCGCCCUGCUGCUCAACCUGAAGCUGUCGCACGGCGACUACUACCGGAAGCGGCCGGCCCUGGCACCGGGCAUGCUGAAGGAGUUCAUGAGGCAGCUGCAGACCAGCGGGGUGCUGAUGGUCUUCUCCCAGGCCUGGAUAGAGGAGCUGUACCACCAGGUGCUGGACAGAAACAUGCUUGGAGAAGCCGGCUACUGGGGCAGCCCGGAGGACAACAGCCUGCCGCUCAUCACCAUGCUGACAGAUAUUGAUGGCUUAGAGAGCAGUGCAAUUGGUGGCCAGUUGAUGGCCUCAGCUUCUACCGAGUCUCCCUUCACCCAGAGCAGGAGAGUUGACGACUCCACGGUGGCAGGUGUGGCAUUUGCUCGCUACAUCCUGGUCGGCUGCUGGAAGAACCUGAUCGAUACCUUGUCGACCCCACUGACUGGCCGCAUGGCAGGGAGCUCCAAAGGGCUGGCCUUCAUCCUGGGAGCUGAGGGCAUCAAAGAACAGAACCAAAAGGAACGUGACGCCAUCUGCAUGAGCCUCGAUGGGUUGAGGAAAGCUGCCAGGCUGAGCUGUGCACUAGGGGUUGCUGCUAACUGCGCCUCGGCCCUCGCUCAGAUGGCAGCUGCCUCUUGCGUUCAGGAAGACAAGGAAGAAAGGGAAGUCCAAGAACCCAGUGAUGCCAUAGCACAAGUGAAACUAAAAGUGGAGCAGAAACUGGAGCAGAUGGGGAAGGUGCAGGGGGUGUGGCUGCACACGGCCCACGUCCUGUGCAUGGAUGCCAUCCUCAGCGUAGGCCUGGAGAUGGGGAGCCACAACCCGGACUGCUGGCCACACGUGUUCAGGGUGUGCGAGUAUGUGGGCACCUUGGAGCACACCCACUUCAGUGACGGAGCUUCGCAUUCUCCCCUGGCCAUCAGUCAGCCCCAGAAGGCAGCCGGGGCUUCUGGGAUCCUUGGGGACCUGGAGUGUGAGGACUGUUCCCAGGAGCCAAGCGUGGAGCAGGGGUCCUCCCUGAGCACAGCUCCUGUGGUCCAGCCUCUGUCUAUCCCGGAGCUCGUCCGGGAAAGCAGCCGGGGCCGGGCCUCUGACUUCCGUGGCGGCAGCCUCAUGAGCGGGAGCAGUGCCGCCAAGGUGGUGCUGAGCCUCUCCACCCAGGCUGACAGGCUCUUUGAAGAUGCUACAGAUAAGCUGAACCUCAUGGCUUUGGGCAGCUUCCUUUACCAGUUGAAGAAAGCAUCCCAGUCCCAGCUUUUCCAUUCUGUUACGGAUACAGUUGAUUACUCUCUGGCAAUGCCAGGGGAAGUUAAGUCCACCCAGGACAGAAAGAGCGCGCUCCACCUGUUCCGCCUGGGGGACGCCAUGCUGAGGAUCGUGCGCAGCAAAGCCCGCCCCCUGCUGCACGUGAUGCGCUGCUGGAGCCUGGUGGCCCCGCACCUGGUGGAGGCUGCCUGCCACAAGGAGAGACACGUGUCUCAGAAGGCGGUGUCCUUCAUCCAUGACAUCCUGACAGAAGUGCUCACAGACUGGAACGAGCCGCCUCAUUUUCACUUUCACGAAGCACUCUUCCGACCCUUCGAGCGUAUUAUGCAGCUGGAGUUGUGUGAUGAAGAUGUCCAAGACCAGGUGGUGACAUCCAUCGGGGAGCUGGUGGAAGUGUGUUCCACGAAGAUCCAGUCCGGGUGGCGGCCCCUGUUCAGUGCCCUGGAGACCGUGCACGGCGGGGACAAGUCCGAGAUGAAGGAGUACCUCGUGGGAGACUACUCCAUGGGAAAAGGCCAAGCUCCAGUGUUCGAUGUGUUUGAAGCAUUUCUCAACACUGACAACAUCCAGGUCUUUGCUAAUGCGGCCACCAGUUACAUCAUGUGCCUUAUGAAGUUUGUCAAAGGACUGGGGGAGGUAGACUGUAAAGAGAUUGGAGACUGCGUCCCGGGACCAGGGGCCACGUCCACAGACCUGUGCCUGCCCGCGCUGGACUACCUCAGGCGCUGUUCGCAGUUAUUGGCCAAGAUCUACAAAAUGCCCUUGAAGCCAAUAUUCCUUAGUGGGCGACUUGCCAGCUUGCCUCGAAGGCUGCAGGAGCAGUCCACUAGCAGCGAGGAUGGCAUUGAAUCGGUCCUGGCUGAUUUUGAUGACGACACUGGUCUGAUAGAAGUCUGGAUCACCCUGCUGGAGCAGCUGACAGCAGCUGUGUCCAACUGUCCACGUCAGCACCAGCCGCCGACCUUGGAUUUACUCUUUGAGCUGUUGAGAGAUGUGACCAAAACGCCUGGCCCAGGGUUUGGAAUCUAUGCAGUCGUUCACCUUCUCCUUCCUGUGAUGUCCCUGUGGCUCCGCCGCAGCCAUAAAGACCAUUCCUACUGGGACAUGGCCUCUGCUAACUUCAAGCACGCCAUUGGGCUGUCUUGCGAACUGGUGGUGGAACACAUCCAGAGCUUCCUGCAUUCCGACAUCAGGUAUGAGAGCAUGAUCAACACCAUGCUGAAGGACCUCUUUGAGCUGCUGGUGGCCUGUGUGGCCAAACCCACAGAGACCAUCUCCAGAGUGGGCUGUUCCUGCAUUAGGUACGUGCUGGUGACGGCCGGCCCUGUGUUCACGGAGGAAAUGUGGCGGCUUGCCUGCUGCGCCCUGCAGGAAGCCUUCUCUGCCACCCUCAAGCCGGUGAAGGACUUGCUGGGCUGCUUCCACAGCGGCACAGAGAGCUUCAGCGGGGAAGGCUGCCAGGUGCGGGUGGCGGCCCCAUCCUCCUCCCCAAGCGCCGAGGCGGAGUACUGGCGCAUCAGAGCCAUGGCCCAGCAGGUGUUCAUGUUGGACACCCAGUGCUCCCCGAAGACUCCAAACAACUUUGAUCACGCUCAGUCCUGCCAGCUCAUCAUCGAGCUGCCCCUGGAUGAGAAGCCGAAUGGCCACACCAAGAAGAGCGUCUCUUUUAGGGAAAUCGUGGUGAGCCUGUUGUCGCACCAGGUUCUGCUCCAGAACCUUUACGACAUCCUGCUGGAAGAGUUCGUCAAAGGUCCAUCUCCUGGAGAGGAGAAGACAGUCCAGACGCCGGACGCCAAGCUGGCCGGCUUCCUCAGAUACAUCUCCAUGCAGAACCUGGCGGUCAUCUUUGACCUGCUGCUGGACUCCUACAGGACAGCUCGGGAGUUCGACACCAGCCCGGGGCUCAAGUGCCUGCUGAAGAAGGUGUCUGGCAUUGGGGGCGCCGCCAACCUCUACCGCCAGUCUGCCAUGAGCUUCAACAUCUACUUCCACGCGCUGGUGUGCGCCGUGCUCACCAACCAAGAGGCCAUCACUGCCGAGCAGGUGAAGAGGGUGCUUUUUGAGGAUGACGAAAGAAGCACAGAUUCGUCCCAGCAGUGCUCGUCGGAAGAUGAAGACAUCUUUGAGGAGACAGCCCAGGUGAGUCCCCCGCGAGGCAAGGAGCAGAGGCAGUGGAGGGCGCGGAUGCCCUCGCUCAGCGCGCAGCCCAUCAGCAAUGCGGACUGGGUGUGGCUUGUCAAGCGGCUGCACAAGCUGUGCAUGGAGCUGUGCAACAACUACAUCCAGAUGCACCUGGACCUGGAGAGCAGCGCGGAGGAGCCUCCGGUCCUCAGGAGCGACCCGCUCUUCAUCCUGCCCUCCUUCCAGUCCGAGUCGUCCACUCCGUCCACUGGUGGCUUCUCCGGGAAAGACACACCUUCCGAGGAUGACCGCAGUCAGACCCGAGAGCCCCCGGGCGAGUGUCUGGGCCCGCGGGCGGGCAGCGGGGAUGUGCCGAUGCUGCCCCCCAGCCCCAGAGUGGAGAGGAAGGACGCCGGCCGGAAGAAGGAGUGGUGGGAGCACGCGGGCAACAAAAUCUACACCAUGGCCGCCGACAAGACCAUCUCAAAGCUGAUGACCGAGUACAAAAAGAGGAAGCAGCAGCACAACCUGCCCGUCUUCCCCAAGGAGGUCAAAGUGGACAAGAAGGGAGAGCUCCUGGGGCCCAGAGGGCCGGGCUCCCCACUGCUGCAGCGACCCCAGCACCUGAUGGACCAAGGGCAAAUGCGCCACUCCUUCAGCGCAGGCCCCGAGCUGCUGCGGCAGGACAAGAGGCCCCGCUCCGGCUCCACAGGCAGCUCGCUGAGCGUCUCGGUGAGAGACGCUGAAGCGCAGAUCCAGGCAUGGACCAACAUGGUGCUAACAGUCCUCAACCAGAUUCAGAUCCUCCCAGACCAGACCUUCACCGCCCUCCAGCCCGCAGUGUUCCCGUGCAUCAGCCAGCUGACCUGUCACGUGACCGACAUCAGAGUUCGCCAGGCAGUGCGAGAAUGGCUGGGCAGAGUUGGCCGCGUCUAUGACAUCAUUGUGUAGAAGACUUGAACUCCAUCUCCGAGGAUGUACAGUAGCCAGAGUUAGAGUCCGCCUGCUAGUCUAACUGAUAGCAUUUUCCCCACUACCAGCCCCAUGUAAGACAGAAAAAUGUCCCCUAAGAUUAAAAAAAAAAAAAAUACUUUCCAACCACUCCCUAACAAGCCUUGGGCCAUCUUGGAUACCAAGGUGACAUCCAGAUAACACAAGUGAUCUUCUGAUUUUGUACAUUAUCACAGAAGAUUCUACAGUCCUUGAUAUAAUUCUAAAUCCUGAAGUUUAUUUCCAAGUGCUUUUGCUUGCAAUGUUGUCCCCAGAUGGAUCAUUUUCAAAGACCACAGCUAUGAAAACACUACACAGAUCCAUUGGGGUCAUCAUCUUAAAAGGGAAUGCAAUUCCUAAGGAACUACCCGCUCGUGAGUCAAGCUGCUGUAAAAACACUCCUAUUUAGUUAGAAAAAAAUUUAUGAUUAUGAGUUUGGCUGGGAGGAAAAUAGCUACUAAAAGGUAUUUUUCAGUACCACAAGCAAGAAACAGAUGAUUUCUGCUGUGAAAUACUCCAGAACAUUUCACCAUUAUCCCUAAAUUGUUAAGAUUUUCAGGUUAAUAUUCGCUAGCUUCCCCCCUGUAAGGUACUGUUGUGCCUUUCUGUUUCUAAAAAAAGAAAUUCUUUCCUAGCAGAGUUGUAAAUCUGGCUUGGCAGCCUUUUAAUACACAGGAUCCCAUGGUACUGGCUGACGCAUCUAUCAUUAAGAGACAACAAGGAAAGGAAAGAAAAAAGGUGCCUUAGUCCUUGGUUGCACAGACAUUUCUAUGCCCCACGACUAUCUGAACCUAAGGUCCCACACUCGGUUUUUAAGAGAACCAAAUAUGAAGAUGUAACUCACUUUACAUUAGUGUUCUCGGAGGAAAGGCACUGAGUCCUCCAGACGGCAAGCAGACUUCUCAGGGAAGGGGGCAGGAAGUGUGGGGUUGGGAGACAGCUGGAAGGGGUGGGAAAGGGGGCCGUCAUGACACAUGACGUGACAAACAUGAAAUUAGCAACAAGCUAGUCUCAGAAGAAAAGACUAAAGGACAGAGUGAAUUUUUGAAAAUUAUUUUUUUCUAUUUAAAAUGCAUCUCUAUAUGUUUAAAGUCCUUUUAUGUGUUUUUUAGGUGGUUUUAUUUUGGGUGUUUUGGGUACUAGGAAUUGAACUCAGGACCUUGUGCUUGCCAGGCAGGCACUGUGCCACUGAGCUGUGUCCCAAUAUUUUAAGUAACUAUUUCUUUCCCUAAGUGUUACUAGAAAAUGAGUUUAAAGCCUUUAUUUUAUGACUGUAUGUGUAUAUAUAUAGACGUACGUACACACACUUUUUUGUACCAGGCUGGGGAUUGAACCAAGGCUUUACUCAGGCUAAGCACACAGUCUACCACUGAGCUACACCCCCAGUUCUUACUCUGAUGUAUUUUAUAUUUCUAACAUUAUAAUAAUGAUUGAGCCUCUCAUGCAAGUCCACUUCUAUACACUCUAGAAAGUAGAGUUGGUUGCUAAAGCAUGCAUGGUACUUUACCAGCACCUGAAAAUGUAUUCAUAUGUCAUCAUUAAAAAUAAAAACUAAACGUCAACUCUUCAGUGUUGAAGUGAGGCUUUGAAAUGGACUAAGCUUCAGCCAGUGAUAGUAUUCAUCAACUUAGCCCUUGAGAACUAUCUAGUUAUCAGCCAACUUAGAGCAGGGCAAUGUUUUCUCACUAAGUUGACCAAACAAGAAAAUCUUCUUAUUCACUGCACUUCUAGAGAGAACCACUGUAUCCAGAGGAAGUUUUUCUAGUUCCAUAAAACAUUCUCUUUGCCUUCAGUUUUUUCUCACUGGACAAUACUUCGCAUUUUCAAACAGACCAACUAUUUGUGCUUAACAGACAAUGAAUUACUGGAAUAACAAACAGCUGUGUUCUUAUCUAUAACUUUUGAAACUGUGUACUUUGUGGAACUAAAAGUUGGAUAGACUUUUUUUCUUCCCAGUGCAAGGAGCAUACCAUGGUCAUUUUCUUUUGAUGGCUCAGGCACUCUACAGUUUACGGGCAGGGGGUCAACAAACCAGAAUACAGAAGUAGAGUACUUAUGAAAUGCUUAUAUGUAGUGAUCUUUCGUAAAGUAUACGGAUUCAAAGGAAGCAGUCUCAGGGUCCAGGACAUCUGUUUAGAAACGAGAAUUCACUCUCUUGCAGGUUCUCUAUCAUAGACUCUAAGGCGUGCUCACGUGUAUCAGUCUCCCCAUGGUGUGUCCAAACUGUUCUGUGCCAGUCUGGCUAUGAGCCCAAGGAUAAAAAGAUGAGGAAGUGUACGCAGCCCUUACCUACAAUCUUGUAGAAGGUUUUGGGUACCUUCCCAUCUUGCUGACAGCCCACUCAUUCUGAAUGCCAUAGACUCUUAUGCCCAGCUCCAGGCCUACCUGACGUCCAAGUCCACGACCAGUGUCAGCUGGGAAAGUAGUUAGAUCACAGCAGUGCUUCCCAGAACUAUCUGCAGUCUUCAAAAGGACAUUGCUUAAUGCGGUGUAGUCUCUAAAGAGUAGGACUGAAAGCUGGGCAUAGUGUUGCAUGCCUAUAGUCUCAGCACUCUGGGAGACUGCGGCAAGAGGCUCCCAAGUUUGAGCCUAGCCCAGGCACUUAGCGAGAGCAUUCCCCAAAUUAAAAAAAAUAUAUAUAUCUGGCGAUAUAGCUCAGUGCAAAGGCCCUGGAGGGAAAAAACAGUGGGACUGCAAGAGAAUCUUGAGGGGAAAAGGUGGUAAUUCAUAACAGCUGGCAGACAAUGUCCCCUCCCAGAGAGAAAGUCCCUCACUUUGCAUUUUGGUAAAAUGUGCUUCCUAGAACCAGCAUGGGGAGAACGCUGAGCGUAAGAUUCCCUGACUGAGAGCCCAGCCAGGGCCACGCACUCUCUGUAGGGCUUUCUCUGCCUCAAAGAAGGGCGCUGCUAACUAUAUAAGAUCUCAGAUUAAAAUAUUUUAAGUACAGUGUGACAACAGUGUUAAUCUCACCCAAAAGUACUUUGAUGUGAGAUGUGCUGGUGUGGUGAUUACCAGGCUUUCCACACUCGGUGUUCUCGGAAGGCGUGCAGAGUCUGUGGAAGGGUGAAGCCUCCUUGCCUGUAGCAAGGCAGUGAAGCUGUAUAAUAGACACCCGCGGCCUCCCCCAGUCCACCACUGUUCUGCUUACAGAAUGGUUUCUCAGAAAGGAAAAGCCAUCAAGGUCAUUCCCAUCAAAGCAGAAUGAAGACCUUUGUGUAGAAGUGAUAACAGCAAGCCCCUGAGUGUGGACCUUCACCUGUAUCAUUCAGUUUUGACGGUGACUUUGGGAAACAAUUCUCAUGUUUCUCAUCUCUCCAGAUUAGAACGUAGACCCAGAGAAGUUCAGACAUUAGCCCCUACAUCACAAGGAAAAGGCAAAGCUGGUUACACAAGAAAUGCUGCUAGACCAAAGGCGAGACUUUCUCCAGCCCACGUGCUAAGUGCAGAGUCCGGAGGUGGGAGGAAGAGUUUCUCAAGGAAGUAGGCAGUGAAAAUAAUAUUUGCUUGAUCUGUGUUCAAAAAUAAAGGACAUCAAAAUCUAAACUUGAACCAUAAGGGAACCAUUUAGUGUUACUUUAGAAAAUUAAUGAAUGAGAGAAUGCUAUUAUUCGUGGCCAGCUAUUAAUACAGAAAAGCAGGGCAGUCUGGGUCCGGCAUGGCAUGCAUAAUUUGUAAACCUUUCCAAACACUAAUAAAAUAUUAAUUGACUCAGAAUAAAGUGCCCUGUAGCCAACAGUGCCUCUUUACUUGCUUCUCUGAGAAGUGCUAAAUUUGUAGGUCAUCAUCGAAGUUUGGAAAUAUGCAAUAUAAAUAACCAUUUUUUUCAAAAGGCACAUUCUAGAAAGAGGAAGCAACAAGGUGGCCAAGAUUGUUUAAAGAUCCAGGUACUAAGGGCAUCAGGACAAUGUCCAUAGCACCCCUGUGCCAUCAUACUGCAACAUUCCCACAGGCUCUGCAGACAAGAAGACUAACUCCAGGGUCCUGCAGUAACCUGCGGACAAAACCUCCAUGUGCUUGGGGACCACUGAGGUGAGCCCAGCAAGAUCUAAUGUGGCCUUAGAGAAGCGUAAGAACCUUUUUCAGCACUUUUUAUUGAAAAGAUGAUCUUGAUAUUGGGAAAGAUUUACAGUGUUAGUUAAAAGUUUGAUGUGUGCAUUGAGAAUGUAGUUCAAUGACACGGCACUUGCCUAAUGUGGUGAGAGGCCCUGAGUUCAAUCCCCAGUACUGCAGAAAGUAAAAGAUUUAUAAUCAUACCAUCUCAAAAAUUGUUCUGUUUAUUCACUAGCAGAGCAAUCUAAAAAAAUACAUUUGUCUGGAAGAUCUUCUCCCUCUGGCCAAAGUAUAAUAUUUGUGCUUGAUGUAGAUGUAACAUAUAACCUCAUUAAGAUUUUUGGAACAGGAUAUCACUUGAAUUUCCAAAACACAAUAAUAUUACUUUAGGGAAGAAAUUAUCCUGAGAUUGUCUAGAAGAAAUUCAGUUGAAAAUAUUGUUCAAAAUCCUUACAAACAGUAGCACUACUUAUGAAUUGAACUCCACAGCUCUAGCACACCAGAACCUUUUCCCUAGAUCUUUAUAUAAUGAUGCAAAAUUUCCAGGGACUGGCUGACCAUUUAAUGACAGAGGUACUACACAACUAGUGAGUCUCACCCAUUCUCCUUUCAACCACAGAAAUCAGUUGUGUUGCUGGUUCCUGUCCUGUCAGUCUAGCCAGUGGUUGUCCAGUUCCUUUGGUCUUAAAACAGUGAGUUCUCAAACUUCAGUAUCUAUCAGAAUCACUUGGGGGUGGGGUCAUGCCCAGAGUCUCUGAUGCGAUAGACCUGGAAAUUUGCAUUUUUAACAAGUUUUCCAGUGAAGCCAAUUCUGCUGCUGUGGAACCACCGCUUUUGAAAAAAGUCCAGCUUCCACCUUCUUAAGAUCAGCCUGGCUUCUCAAGCACUGGAGAAAAACUGAACUUGCCUUUGGGCAACUUGGGAUUGGAUUACCUGCAACAUUCCUAUUCAUUCUCCCCAAUGUCCGGGUUUAUUACACCAACAGUAGGUUUUUACAUGCUAGAAGACAAUGAAUGUAUCUUUCUAUGGAACAGUGACAUAAAUCUAAGCUUCUUGUCUUUGUAUUUAGAAACAUUGAUUCUAUGAAUGAUCGUUUGUAUCAUGUUGACUUUUUGACUUGUACUGAAGGUGAUUUUAAAUUUAAAUACGUGGUGUUUGCAUUUCUUUCCAUACCGUUUUAAUGACACCCUUUCCAUGCUGGCUCAUCUCAGCCUGGCUCCUGGCUUAUAGAGGUUUGUGAGUAGGUGCUCGCUUGCCAGCUGUUUUUCACCUCACGUUGGUCAUUGAAAUAUCAGCAUUUCAAGACACUAUGACACUGCUCAUUCUGUCUUCAUCUGUCAUUUAACGUGUUAAUUAGCAUCUGAAUUUCAUACAUCUGUAAAGAGCCUACCAAAAGGCUUCAUGGAAAUUUGCAAAAUGAACUAACUCUCUUUUGAGUAGUAGAUGUGCUUGCUUUGACUUUUUGGUAAAUUUGUGCGCAUACAUGCACAUUGGAGACUGUAUUAUCUCAUCUUCCAAAUGAUGGGAAAACUAAAAAGUGGAUCAGUGUGCUUUGGGAAAACAAUGAGAUCAUGUUAACUCAAGUAUAGAUGGGGCCUUAGUUUAUGUUUAAUUCUUUAUUCAAGUAAUUAGCUUUAGAAAUUCUUUUCCCAUUAAAAAAUAAGGACCCACAGAAGGAUUUGAGAAAAAAAAUAAGUUUCUUAAAAUCGUCAUCUACUUAUAAACUAUAUUAUUUGCAUAUAAUUCUUAUUGAUUCAAUAAAGUUUCUCUAAAGAGUUAUGCUUAAUAAAUACCCUGACCUCACUUAAGUUAACUUAGACUAUUGUAUAAGUGGAAUGUAGUAAUUAUAGGCACUAGAAUUAGUGAGAUCAGAAAGCAUAUUAGAGUGUUAAUGAUAUCAAGGAUUCAAGUCUUGCCUCUAUAAAUAGAAAUAAUUGAAGAUAUUUUUUCCUCAUGCAUCUCAUAACCCUUUUUAAUGACAGAUUUAGUUCUUUGAAUAACUGAUUCUAAGAUUAAAUUUUUAAAAAAUCAAUCUCUAGGAAUAGUUUAUUUUCAAAGUGUUUAACCAACUGGUGCCAGAAAGGGGUGGGUGAAACAUAAAAGCCACUUUUGGAGUAACGUGUAAAAUACUAAGUUUUCUCUUAAAAUGAAGGCGGUCCAAGCACCCAUAAUGACGGCCCCCAGGAUCACCCACGGCUACCUCACGAGCAUGGGCAAGCUCCUUGGUUUUGUUCCCUCUGGAGGUCUUUCUUCUGGUCUUGUUGGCAGUGUUUCUGCUAACACUGGCUUCUCACUGAUCAGGCACAGCGGGAGGAGGAUGAAUGCUUCUGACACUUUUGGUUUUGCUCCCACUGAAACUGCCUGGUAAAAUAUCCAGGCACGGCAUGAUGGGCCAGAGGAGGCACCUUGAAGAAAGCUUAUUUUUGUUUCUUGACUUAUGUUGGGGUGAGGAGCUCCAAGUAAUAUGUUUAUUGCCCUAAUCAUGCCAAAAGACCAUUCUCAAGAUGCUUUUCCUGCUUUUCUAAGAAGAGUAAGUUUAAAUAAAUUACAUCACAAACAGACCCCCACUCCCAUCUCCCAUUCUAGAUAAAGCCAAUGGGGGCUAUAGGUCAUUUUAUCCUUUCUUGUAUUAUACCAAAGAAUCGACUUAUUUUCAUUAAAAAUUAUAAAUAAGUGAAGAGAGGUAUCGCUCUAAUGAUUUGCAUCAGUAUACCAUUUUAAAUAUAAAAUGUAAAAUUCACCCUUGCAACCCUGUUCACCAGGAGCCUUGAAGCAUUUUGUUUAUUCCAAAGGCCUUGUUAAGGAAGUAUAAUUUUUGUUUUGUGUUCUUACUCAAAUUUGGUCACAUUUACAUAUUAAAAAAACCUGAAAACUCUUUCUCCUUUAUAUGUUGCUAUAACUGUUGGAUUUGAUAUACUCUGUCUGUCCAUUGUUUAUCAGGUCUCUGUAUGCAAGCUUGCAAGUGUAUUUUGUGUAUAUUUUAUCUGAGGUGAAAAAUUAAGAUUCUAAAGAGUAAAUAUUUUAAAAAUAUACUGUAUUUAUGUUGCUUGUGUUGUAGAAUAAAGCUUCAAAUGCAUUAAAAAUCUGA